CACACAAUGGUCAGUACAGCUGCAUAGCAGUCACGACCCCAGAUGGACCCCCCAACAUCAGGAGAUCAAAUUGGGUUCUACAGAAGGUUCUGUUGGGUUCCGCCCAGAAUCUCUUUGGAGGUGCCUUUGGAUUCCAAGAUUGAGCUGAGUAUUGACAUGGGAAGAUGUUCCUGUUCUUUCCAAAUAUCUAAGAAGGUGCACAAUGAAGACAAUCCAUGAAAACCAGAUAUACUAUCAUGACAAGGACAGCAGGACCAGGCAGCAGAGGUCAAGAAACAUCAGGCUACCCAAUCAUGGACGAAAACGAUUUUUCAGAAGAUACAACUUAUAAGCAACAGGAGGAUUUACCUUAUGAUGGUGAUCUCUCCCAAAUGAACAAAUGCAAUGAUUACAAUUUUACCGGAAAUACUAACACCCUCAAUGUUAUUCCAAUAGGAGAUGACCCUAAAGUAAAGGCUGCCCAUGUUGAAACAUACAGAAAUACAGCCAGGGCCAUGACGUGGGAUAAAGUUACUGAAAAUGCUACCAAUAAAAAGUGUGAUAAAGAGAAUCAACGCGCCAUGACUCUUCAUGUUCAAGCUACUAAAGGAGCUGCUCCAAAGUCAAACAUUUCUGAUAUUUUACUCCAUCAUCUUUCUAAAGAGCAAUUACUAAGAGUUCAAGGUAUUAACUUUGAAACUCUCCCAGAGGUACGUAAUGGUGACUGUUUUGAUGAAGCAGCUUUUAUUAAAAAUAUUAUUUCACGUUAUGUUAAGAAUUCUUUCCCCAAAGCACAAACCUCAGAAUUCAUUGACCAACUCAACCCCAAAAGAGAUGUCAAAAAAAGCAGUAAGCCCACCUGUUCUCCUAUCAUGGCAAAAGAAAAUACCUGUGAUUUAGAAAAGCCAGUUGUGACUGCAAAUAGCAACCAUCACGAAAAUUUAAAUUUUCUAACUAAAGCCAAGGGUCCACAGGAUGAACAAAAAAGUUGCCAACGGCAGACACCCCAGAAACAGUUGACAGAAAAAGCAACUUCAAGCAAUGACUUCAAAUAUGGAAAAGGUCAAGUUCAUUGCCAGCUGCCAGAUUUCUCUAAAGGUGCUCUCAAAAUGAAAAUCCCUAAAAAUCACAUCAUGAAUAAGUCACUUACAAUGACUAAGCCAGCCAGUUUUUCUCCUAAAUUGAGAAACAAAUCAGCAAUCAUGCAAGAUAUUUUAGAAACCAUGUUUAGGUCAAAGUAUGUUGAAAAACAACAUCUGGAGCAGAAAGGGGAAAGUACAAAACCUUCACAACGAAUGCAGAUGGAGCCCUCAGUACACAAACAUCAAGACUUUCUUACAGAAAUAAAAACUGAGACACAUUUGUUGAAGUUGUCAUCCGCCUCUCAGAAAGAGCCCUUCUCAAGUACUUACAUAUUUCAAAAGCUAUCCCAAGGCAAGCAGAUGUGUCAAAAGUUAAAAGAACAGACUGAUCAACUGAAGACUAAGGUACAAGAAUUUUCCAAAAAAAUAAAACAAGACCCUUUCUGCCAUUUGAAAGAAAAAAGAAUGGAGGACCCCAGCAGCACCCGGGGAAGGCAGAAACGUGCAGAGAUGAUGACAUCCAAUCCAAGCUGUGCCUUCUGCAGCCGGCUCCUUGAAUGGAAGCAAAACACAGAGAAAAAAGGCCACAGACAGAUGGACUGUGGAAGGCUUUCAGUUGUCAUUCAUGAAAAGGCACUGCGCCAGCGUUCAACUCUCGGUUCUGACACAGAAACCAGGUUCUGUUCUGGUUCUGACACUGGGUGGCAAAGGAACAAAUGUGAGAACUGCGGCAACAAUAUUCGUAACUACCGAAACGUCUGCAGUAAAGAACCACUGAACGAAUUUUAUUAUAGAUACAACACCCCAGGACAGAAUUACUUAAAUCAUAGCAGAAAAGGUGCCUUUGUGCAGUCUUCAGAUGAAAAUAAAAAUUCUUCACCUCUUUGUCCAAAACCAAAACGGAUCUGUUCCCAGAGAGUGAAUUCAAAAUCCUUUCAAGGUGAACAUGAGCCCACACCUGGAAAGAUUCCUGGAAGCAAAUCCUUAUGUGGCUUUAGUGGCUCUGAAGAAACAGAAUCUAAGAUUUUAAACUCGGCUUUGGAUCAUGCCCUAAAGACAGCAACCAUUUUGAAAAAAACUACUGAUCAAAUGAUUAAAGGUAUUGCAGAAGAUCUUGCCAAAGCAGAGAGAUGGAGGAAUCAACUGAAAUACUACUAGUUCAACACAAAGUAACCAAGGGUUAAAAAGAUAAAGAAAACUUGAUCUGGCCCCCAAAGUAUUUCACUUAUUACACAAUUGAGAAAGAUUAUUUUCUACAGAAAGCACCAAAACCAUAAGAAGUGGUCAACAAAGUGUUUAAAUGAAAACAAAACAAAACAAAACAAAACCCUCUGAUUCUUAAAAAAUCAAAAGCAACCAACAAAUAUUUAUAUUAAAUAAAUCUA